ACAGCGCUUGAACUGGAGCAUUCUUUUCCCAAAUCAGCCCAACGAGCCGGACUUAGUAGUUAGUGAGGAUAGUGACAUCCGCAGCAUUUUUGGCGGGGCCCCGUGUUUAACACUCAAGCUCCCCGUCGGACUAUCCGAAGCUGACAUCAACUAACUCUCCCUCGUCUUCUCCGUCGACUCCUUCCUCUUUCCCGUCACCAAUUUCACUCUUUUUUUUUUGACUAAAUCUACUCAGACAUUUUCACAAAUACCUCGCCUUCAUUCCCUGAAAUCACAAAAUCGAACAUCCCAUUUCUGAGAAUUCAUCGAGAAAAUGGCAUCCUUCUCAUUCUCCUCAUCACUGUCCACAACUUCCCAAAUCCAACGUCUCUCGUCUCUCCCAUUAAAGCCGCAGCAGGGAAAGCUGCAAAAGUCAGUAGUCCCGGCCAUUCAAUCCAAGAUCCGGGAGAUCUUCAUGCCGGCUCUCAGCUCCACCAUGACCGAGGGAAAAAUUGUUUCCUGGGUUAAAUCCGAGGGAGAUGUCUUGUCCAAAGGCGAGUCCGUCGUGGUAGUCGAAUCUGAUAAAGCUGACAUGGACGUCGAAACUUUUUAUGAUGGGAUUUUGGCCGCCAUUGUUGUUAAUGAAGGCGAAACGGCGCCCGUGGGUGCCCCGAUUGGGCUGUUGGCCGAGACGGAGGAAGAGAUUGCUGAAGCUAAAGCUAAAGCCCAGUCAAAAUCUCCAUCCUCAGCAGCCCCUCCUGCUUCGUCAGCAUCCCCAGCUGCACCAAAAGCUGAAACUCCAGCUCCUCCUCCUCCGGUGGAUGGGCCGAGGAAGACCGUGGCGACGCCUUUUGCGAAGAAAUUGGCGAAGCAGCAUAAGGUGGAUAUUGAAAAGGUAAUUGGGACGGGACCGUAUGGGCGGAUCACGCCGGAGGAUGUGGAGAAAGCUGCUGGAAUUGCACCGGCCAAGAGUCCCACACCAGUUGCGGCUCCAGUGGCUGCUGCUGCGGCAGCAGCUCCAGUGAAAGCAUCUGCUGCGUCUCCAGCGGCCUUGUCAGAUAUUCCUGGGGCAACGGUGGUGCCGUUUACGACAAUGCAGGCUGCCGUCUCAAAGAAUAUGGUGGAGAGUCUCACGGUGCCAACUUUCCGGGUUGGAUAUCCUAUCAAUACAGAUGCUCUUGAUGCCCUAUAUGAGAAGGUUAAGAAAAAGGGCGUUACUAUGACUGCAUUGCUGGCGAAAGCUGCGGCAAUGGCAUUGGUCCAGCAUCCGGUUGUGAAUUCUACUUGUAAAGACGGAAAGAGUUUUACAUACAAUAGUAAUAUCAACAUCGCAGUUGCUGUUGCAAUUAAUGGUGGAUUGAUCACCCCUGUUCUGCAAGAUGCUGACAAGUUGGAUCUUUACUUGUUAUCACAAAAGUGGAAGGAAUUGGUAGAGAAGGCUAGAGCUAAGCAGCUUCAGCCACAAGAAUAUAAUUCAGGGACUUUCACACUGUCCAAUUUGGGCAUGUUUGGAGUGGAUCGAUUUGAUGCUAUUCUUCCUCCAGGACAGGGUGCUAUUAUGGCUGUUGGUGCAUCAAAGCCUACUGUUGUAGCUGAUGCAGAUGGAUUCUUCAGUGUCAAAAAUAAGAUGCAAUCUUGCUUUAGUUUCUGUAGUGCAUCGAGCUUAGCGAAUUUACCAGUCAGGGAGCAGUAUCAGAAAUUGGCAUUUGUCAGGGCAUUCACCAAGACCUCAAAAACGCGGCAGGGAAAAAAAAAUAUUAAUGGGACCUCAAAUGAAGUUCAUCAGCUCUGCAAAAUGGUCCUUCAACCUUACCCUUAUCAUUAGAGAUACCACAUGAACUGUCAUCACUUGGAUCAUCCUGUGCUGGGACAACUGGGCUUGACCCCUUGAAAAGUAGGAUUCAAUGAUUUGGCUAAUUUCUUCUUUGUUAAAGUCAUAAUUACCAUGUACAUUUGCCUAGAUAUCUACAAAAUCAAUGUUGUUACAAUAACAGUAACAAUAUAUGUCAGAAUUAGAAAAAAAAAUGUCGGUCUCAAAAUUUAAAGUUUGAACAUGCUAGAUACUUCUCCUCCUGCUAUUCACUGUUUGGAUUCUUUCGGCUUUACAGACGGUAGGAACUGAUUCCUUUCAGCUUUUGAAGAAGGUGGGGAAGUAUAUAGAUCUUUAAUACUCGAAACUUCACUGUAAGAA